CGUAGUAAGGGAGGGAAGGGCUUCUUCAGGAAAGUUGGAAGGCAGCGAUUGUUGGGCAACCAAAGCCCAAUCUUUAUGCGGACAGCGGACCGGAAGUAUAUAAUUUGGUCCAAUAGACGAACCCAAACCUUUCUUCUCUGCUAUCGCUAUCCCGUCUCAAGCCCUAACUCGAGAGCAUUCCUUUCGUCCCGUCCGAUCCGAUCCUUCCCAAUGGCUCAAGCUCCUCAUCCCAUAUGCAAACUCCUGAUAUAUGCUGGAAUUUCUGCAAUGAGUUAUAAAAUUUAUACUCUCAAAAAUGAAGCAACGACACUGAUGCUAGAAGCGGACAGAAACAUCGACGAGUUUGAUAGGACCAAUGAUAACUUUACAACGGUCUACAUCAUUGAUGCGUACCGGGAAUGGAGGGAAAAACAAACCUUGCUGGACACCAUUGCAUCCACACGCAGGUUCAUAUGUGGCAAGCAAUGCGCCAGUGUUACUGGAUUUGAUGGAGGAAGGGACUGUUGGGUAGAGAAACGUUGUAGCAUGCUGCAGCUAAGGAGCACAUGCAGAAAAGAACGAGAGAAGGGGAAGAGCUCACCCUUCCACCAUCGUAAGAUGAAGAGCAGACCCGCUGUUGUGAGCUCAGCUUGCAAGAUUCUUAUGGCAAUCAGUGAUCCUUGUAGCAUAUUGGACACGAGAUCAAAAGAAUAUAGAUUCUACCAUGAAAGAAUGAUAGGAUUUUGGUCAAAUCCUGUUAAGAAGGUGUGAGGUCGUGACUCAACAAAGUUUCUAUACUUUGUGUUGUACACCCAUUUUGGUAUUCACCCAUGAAUGUUGUAGUCGUAUUGAUUUUUAAAUCUUCUCCUAAUAGAAGAUUUAUAUGAUGUGUUGAUACAUUUUGUUAUUAACAUGCACCUAACAAUGAUAAGGACAAUCGAUUGGUCAAUUUAUAUCAACAGCCCCUUGUUAGAUGGCCCUUUAGUGUUUGUCGAAUUCGAAAUCUUCCUUGAUUUAACAUAAAAGAAGAUCUUCCGGCAGCAAUAGAUGCAAAGUACAUUGCUUCUCACCAUACAACAUGCAAA